GGGGUUAUAGCCUGCAUAGGGCACCAAACUGGUGCCACCAUAGCACCCCCAACCCUUGGUGACCAGACGAGGAGGUGACAUCAUGACUUCCUGUUCCCAAAAGGGAACUGACAGCACUUCUCCAGCUGCUCCCUGUCCCCACUGCAUGCACUCACAACAUGCACUUGCUGUCCCCAAGCUGAUCCUGCCUCAUGGCACCAAUGGCGCUGGCCCUCAUCCUGGGUUGGUGUCUGGUGGCAGCCAGCAGGGCACAGCACCGGUCCAGCUCUGUCAGGAUCAAUAUUUGACUUCCUGCAUGCACAAGCAGCAUGUGCAGGAUGUGGCUGACUUCUUCAUUACCACAAAACGGGAACAUGCUGGGACCUAUCGGUGCCAGUAUCGGGCACUGCAGACAUCGGAGACAUCAGAGAAGAGUGACCCCGUGGAGCUGGUGCUGACGGAUCACACGUUCCCCCCACCUGAAAUUUCCUUGAGCCCUGGGGGACAAGUGCGGACAGGGACCAACAUCACCAUCCGCUGCUGGAACAAGGAUUUGGGGGCCACUUUCCUCCUGCACAAGGAUGGCUGCUCAGCCCCUGUCCAGCACCAGAACCCUGAUGGUGGGGGCACGGCCACCUUCACCCUCCUUGGGGUGACUCCAGCUGAUGCCGGCACCUAUAGGUGUUCCUACCACAUCAAGGGCUACUUCCCCUUAAUGUCCUCCCCCCUUGGGAACAGCGUGAGUCUUGAGGUGACACCCACACCGGCACACCCAGGUGCUGAGGUGGAGUCCCAUGAGAACCUGGUGGUGGCUGUGGCAGGGGGUUGUGCCGUCGCCCUCAUGUUCAUCCUCGUCCUCAUCAUCUUCUUCCUCCUCGCUGCCCGCAGACAUCGGAUGGGGAGAGGUGCACCUCCGAGAAGGCCCGAGGCCAUGCAUCUCCAGGUACGCCCAAGUGACAGCGAGAGUCUGACCUAUGUCGAGCUGCAAGCUGAGCCCCCCAGCACUCGGACCCCUGCUCCCCCGGCUUCCCCACAGCCCCAUGUUAUCUACGCUGACGUGAGCACUGGGAGACCCUGCUGAUGUCCCCCAUUUUUGUAGACAAACACAUGGAUGUUGUGUGCCAUGUGCACUUCAUCUGCACAGAGUGCUGGUGUCUUGGGUGUGCUCCCAGUCACAUGUACACUGCAUGCAUGUGCCAGUGCAUGUGUUCAUGUGUAUUACAUGUGUGUACACCAUCACAUGUCCUCAAUUCAUUUACAAACAUGUGUGCUUCGUGCUCUGUGCCUCCAUGUGUGUAUGUGUGACCUCAUACAUGUACACUGAUCCAUGUACACAACACUGCACACGUGUGUCCUUACUGUGUGCCCCGUGUCUGCCCCACAUCUGUCCCCACAGCAAACACCAAGGACACACGUGUGCUCCCCAUGGCACAUCUGCAUCGCUCCAACCCAAACCAGCACUCAUCCCACAAAGCU